AUGGCAUGUCCACUGCAGUUUCGGAUGUUUUCUGACUUUGAAGGAUCAGCACGAGGCCGCGGUCAAGCAGAUGGAGGCACGAAGGGAAGUGACUUCGAUAGCAUCGUCAUGCUGACAGGCAACACAGACUUGGCAGCGAGCCGGGUCAGAGCCACACCUGGCAAUAUCAACAGCCACCACCAGAAUCGCGCACGCCUCCAAGCGAAGGCAGAGAACUUCCGCCUGCGGCAGGUUGGGGGACCGCGGGGUGGGGUCUUGCGGAGCCGGGUCUACGGCAGUUCUGAGUCGAAAGCCCAUUCAGGCGCAAAGCGUGUGUCCAGAGCGAAUGCUUUGCUGAAUCAACAAGCCACCCCAGAGCCGACCGGCAUCACUGCAACACAUCGUUCCAGGCCCCAAAACUUCACUCCUGCGCCUGGUACUCCCGCGGUACUGCGAGCUCUGUUCGCGGCUGCCCUGCCAGGCUGUGCAGAUGCUGCAGUCGGGCCGUGGCGACGAGGUGGAUCCACGGGUGAGAGUCUCGCCGAGAGGGGCUUCGCAGCGGCCCAGCUGAAGAUGAGGGAGGAGGAGCACCGCCUGGCCCUGGAGGCAAAGCAGCGCGAAAUCGACUUGAUCACUUCACUGGUCCGCGUGAGGGAUCAGCAGGUCCGGGAGAUGCAGAAGCUGACGGGCUCAAAGCAGGUGCAUCAGAAGCUUGAGGAUCUACGGUCUGAAAAGGCGCAAGUGGAACAGCUUCUCCUGGCGAAGGAGAAGCAGUUGGCAGCAGUCCAGGCGGUGGACCCCCAGAUGGCAGAUGCCUCCGCGCUGCAGCUCGGAGCACAGGCCAUCCAGAUGUUCCACGACUCUCUGCGCAUGAAGCAAGACGCUUCAACUUUGGCGCGGGAGAACGAGGAGCUCCGGGGCCAGGUGGACGAUCUACAGGUCCAGCUCCAGGAGGCGCAGGGCAGCAUCACCGAGAAGCGCCGGGAAGUCAAGGAGCUCGCUGCAAACCUUUCCAGCAAGAUGAAGCGCAUCAUCGAGCUUGAGGAGCAGGUGGAGCGGACCCACCGCGAAGGCCGAGCGAUGGCACAGGCCGCCACCUCCAAGCUGGCAAAGGUCCAGGAGGAGAUGGGCGCGUGGCAGCACGACUGCCGCACUGCACAGCAGGUCGUUCAGGACCUCCAGGAGGAGAUCGCGGAGCGCGACCGCCGCUUCAUGAAGCAACAGGUGAUCAGCCGCCGUCAUGAAACAUCUGCUGCAGAACUGCAGCAGCAGGUGGCCGAUCUACGAUCGCGCCUGGCGCAGGCGGACGCAGCCUUGCGAGGGAUGGCCAGCAGCAACACCUUCAAGGACCGGAUAAUCCACGACAUGACAGAUCAGGUCCAUGCCAGUGAAACAAAGCUCCAUGCAUACCAAAUCGAGGAGCUGCUGGGCUCCGGGCUGCUCGCGCGCGAGAGGGAAGCACCGACGGCGCAGUCCGUCGGCUUGCGGCUGCUCCGGGAUGCGGAAGCAGCGAUGCGCUCGCCAUCGCCCUCCGGAGGCACUACGCCCGGCAGCCUGAUCAGCAAGGUGCCGGGUGCCCGCAUUCCUCAGCCGCUUGUGCCACCCGGGGAAUCAGCGCUUCCGUCGCAUUCGGCACAGCCUGCGUCCUUCAGUGGUCCCAGAGAACCCACAGCCACGGCGGGCCAGCGAGGCCCCAGUUCGAUAAACCUGCCGACUGCCGCCAUCGAGACCGUCCUUCUGGCGGAAGCUUACAGGCCGCACCCGGAGGAUCCCAUCGACGAAAAGGUCGCGGGCUUCGCCAACCAGCCGAAGAACAGCGCCAGCAAGGCGCUCUUCUGCCGGUUGGGCCCCGGCAGCUACCUUUUCGGGACCCAGCGGGUGUCGGUACGGCUAAGCCCCAGGACCGGGGAAUUGGAGGCCAGGGCCGGUGGCGACUGGAUGAGCAUCGAGGAGCUCGUUCGCGCGAUGCAGCCCUCACAGUCGGUGCAUCUGCUUCCAGCGCAUAGGUCCGGCAUCGGGACUGGUGUGAGCAUGUAA